UCCUCUCCGUGUUCUCUUAAUUCGUGUCCUCGAUCUCGUUUUCUUCCAUCUGCUUGGCUGCGCUUUUAUUUCUCUUUAAAUUCUUCCCAAAACCGAGAGCAAUCUCCCAUCAGAACCUCCCAUGAAUAUCUCCAGCAGCUUCAAUAGAGGAACAAAGGAAAAGAGAAAAGAAGAAUAUGUCUUCUUCAUUAUUGCUGCACAAGACCCGGUCCAUUUUACCUGUACCGGUCAAGAACCCAAAACCCGGACUUGUACCGUACCGGACCCGGAGUUGCCGGUACAUGUACCGGUUCUGAAAGUAGAGACCCGGAGUAGGCCGGUACAGGUAUUGGUUUUGGAGGGAGUCCCGGCCUGUCCCGGCCCAUAUGUCCCGAUUAAUUGUAGUCGUAGAUUUUUUUGGGAAUCUUACAUCCUGACCGUCCCUCUCCCUCCUAGGGAAAGUAUUACUCCUGGAACAGUUUUGAUUAUCUUAGCUGGAAGGUUCAAGGGUAAAAGGGUUGUAUUCUUGAAGCAGCUCCCAUCUGGAUUGCUCUCGUUACUGGCCUUUGAGGUGCUAAAUUGGGAAGUGCAAAGCACCAGAUGAUUCCAGUAAUAGCAUUGUUGUUAGUGUAAGACCAAAAGAAACUGUUCCUACACCAAGUUCAACUCAAACUCCAAAUACAACUGAAGUUGGAUCAUCCUCUCAAGCUGCAUCUAACACAGAUGAUGGAACUGAACCUACGCCAACAAGUACAACUGAAGUUGGUGACAGCAAAAAGAAGCAUGGUAAAGUGAGAUCUAAAGUUUGGUUGGAGAUGACCAGGAUAAGUGACGUUCAAGCUGAAUGUCAUCAUUGCAAGGGAUUGUAUGCUGCUGACAAUGACGUACAUGGAACUUCUGGAUUACAUAAGCAUUUGAAGAGAUGCCUUAAAAAUCCAAACAUGAAGGUAGAGAAAGACAAGGGACAACAAACUCUGUUGAUGCCACCCCCAAAACCAGGUGAAGAUGGUAAACUUGUUGCUCAUUCUUACAGCUAUGAAAAGUUAAGAAGGGAUCUUGUUGAGUGGAUAAUCAGGGAUGAAAUAGCUUUUAGAGCAGUAGAAGGGUCAGGUUUUGUGGCAAUGAUGCAGGUAGCAGAGCCUAGAUUCAAGGUUCCAGGGCGUAUGACAAUUUAUAGGGAUGUAUUGAAGAUGUAUGUAGAAGAGAA